GGCCCCACUCCACCCCACCUGUCUCUGUUCUCUCUCUACUUUCUCUGUCAUCACUCAACUCGUUCACUUUCUCACUGGCUUCCUCCUCCCUUUUAUAUCCGUCACUCCCCUUCUCCACCUUCAGUUCCUCAGCCCAGCACAAAGAGGAACUCCAUUACCGCUGCCAUUUGGUCACUGCUGCGUGAUUGAGGAGGAGAGGAAAUGGCUUCUGCGCCGGACACGAGCAAGAGCUUCAAGCUAGAGCGCCACGGUGGCUACCUCCUCCGCCGAAUUAACAGUACCAAGGUCAUCGCCGCCUCCUCCCACCUCCUUUUCCGCGCCUCCAUCCUCGCCACCGUAGUGCUCAUCCUCCUCUUUACGCUCCACUACCCUCCGCUCCUCCUCUCCCACUCCGGUGCCGCCGCCUCCUCCGUUGCUCACUCUAACCACCGAAGCCUUCUCUCCUCCGCUGUCACCUAUGGCGGCGCCGCGUGGGAGCGGGAGGUGCGCCGAUCUGCCACCCCGCGCAGCCCCUCUGGUCUCACCGUCCUCGUAACCGGCGCCGCGGGCUUCGUCGGCACCCACUGCUCGCUCGCGUUGAAGAAGCGCGGUGACGGCGUGGUCGGGCUUGACAACUUCAACUCGUACUACGACCCCUCGCUCAAGCGCGCCCGCCAGUCCCUCCUCUCUCGCCAUGGCGUCCUGGUGCUGGACGCCGACAUCAACGACACCCCGCUCCUCACCAAGCUCUUCGACGUCGUGCCCUUUUCCCACGUCCUCCACCUCGCCGCCCAGGCCGGCGUCCGCUACGCCAUGCGCAAUCCCCAGUCGUACGUGGCCUCCAACGUCGCCGGACUAGUCGCCCUCUUCGAGAUCGCCGCCAAGCACGCCGAUCCCCAGCCCGCCGUCGUCUGGGCUUCCUCUUCCUCCGUCUACGGCCUCAACACCGCCACCCCCUUCUCCGAGCUCCACCGCACUGACCGGCCUGCGUCGCUCUACGCCGCGACAAAGAAAGCCGGCGAGGCCAUCGCGCACACUUACAACCACAUCUAUGGCCUCUCCAUCACCGGCCUCCGCUUCUUCACCGUCUAUGGGCCGUGGGGCCGCCCCGAUAUGGCCUACUUCUCCUUCACCAACGACAUCAUCUCCGGCAAGCCCAUCACCCUCUUCCGCAUGCAGGACGGCACCGCCGUCCAGCGCGACUUCACCUACAUCGACGACGUCGUCAAGGGCUGCCUCGGCGCGCUCGACACUGCGAAGCCGAGCACCGGCAGCGGCAGCAAGAAGCGGGGUCCCGCGCAGCUGCGGGUCUACAACCUCGGCAAUACGUCGCCGGUGCCUGUGGCAAAGAUGGUAGGGAUCCUGGAGGAGCUGCUGGGGAAGAAGGCGAAGAAGAACGUGGUGACGCUGCCGCAGAACGGCGACGUGCCCUACACGCAUGCCAACGUGAGCUUGGCCGAGAAAGACUUCGGCUACCGGCCGACGACCGAUCUCGCGACCGGGCUAAAGAAGUUUGUGAAGUGGUAUGUGGAAUACUACGGAGUAAAGACGGGUAAUAAUGUCCACAGCAAGAUGAAGAAGAUGGAGGAAAAGGAGGCCGAGGAAGAGGCGUCGGCCUGAGGAGGGAUUGCCAACUGUACCUUCUAUUUGCUGUUUCCCAAUUAUACAUUUGUUCUCAUUUAUGAUUACUAUCAACAGCAGUCAGAUCAGCAAUGGUAAUAAAAGAAGAAGAAGAAGCUGAUGAUGAUGACUGGAAACCGAAGCAGAAGGAACUGCGGAAAGGAAGAAAGAGAGCUAAGAGACGCCAAGACUGAAGAAGAAUGAUGUCAUGGUUCCUCUUUAUCUUUUUCUUUCCAAGUACUUCUGUAAUUGUGAAGAUCGCUUGGAUUUUGCUGUGGGAUGUAAAUCCAAACACAGACUUUAAAUUGUAAUCAAUGCGUCCAUAUUUGUGUGUGUG